GCGUCCUGCCGUUGGGAACGAAGGCGGCAGGAAGGCGGUGUGAGGCUUGCUUGUAAGGCAGAACUGCGUCAUGUGCCACACAGGGCCGGGACGUCUGAUGCGCUGCGCCCUUCCGUCUUACAGAUCGCCACAUCACAGCACGCUUGGGCAACGUGAUUUCUAAUUAAAAUCCAGGAAGCUUACAGUAACCAGCAGAACGCUUACCUUUGGCGUGCCUUGCUUUGGUGACGGGUGUUUGGUGGACUUUCCUGCCUCGCUGGUACACGAAUUACCGAAAUCCCACGCAGGAAGCCGAGGGAAUUGCCCCGGCAGUCCCCACAGCACUGCGCUGCUGUCUGUCACUCUGUCUGGCUUCACUUCCCCGUGAUCACCGCCGCUUUGCUCAUCCUGCAGCAGGCCUCGUGCUGAGGGAGCGCACGGCCGUGCUGAUGCCAGCCCUCGGGAAGCCCUCACAGACAGCAGGGCUGCAGGGAUCACAGUGACUGCCGCACCGUGCUGCACCUCUAACCAGAAUUGCUCUGAGAUCGCCCACAGCUUCUGAAGUUUCCUGGAGCGUGGUGGCCCCAUCGGGUGCAGGAUGGACCCUGUGGUUCUCAGCUACAUGGAUAGCUUGCUGAGGCAGUCAGACGUUGCCCUGCUGGAUCCUCCAAACUGGCUCAACGAUCACAUCAUUGGCUUUGCCUUUGAGUACUUUGCCAGCGACCAGUUCCAAGAAUUUAGCGAUCAGAUCUGCUUUAUCAGCCCCGAAGUGGCUCAGUUCAUCAAAUGUGCCCUUAGUCAGGAAGAAAUAGCCAUAUUCCUUCAGCCACUGGACCUGUUCCACAAGAAGCUGGUGUUCCUGCCCAUCAAUGAUAACUCCAACCAGGCAGCAGGGGGCACCCACUGGAGUUUAUUGGUUUACUUCAGGGACAAAAAGUGCUUCGCCCACUACGAUUCCCACAGCAAGUGCAACUCUGUCCAUGCCAAGCAAGUGGCAGGGAAACUGGAGGCCUUCCUGGAGAAGAAAGGAGGCAAAGCAACCUUCGUGGAGGAGAAGGCGCCGGCCCAGCAGAACAGCUAUGACUGCGGGAUGUAUGUGAUCUGCAACACCGAGGCUCUGUGCCAAGGGUACUUCAGGGAACAGCAAGAACCUCUGCUACAGCUCCUCACCCCUUCCUACAUCACACAGAAAAGAAGCGAGUGGAAAGCUCUCAUUACCAAGCUCUCACAGAAGUGAUCUGGGUGCUCUCAAGUCACCGCUCUCAGCGCCUGAGGGAGGUGCCCACGCUCAGGAUUUUUCCCCUCAAGAAGAAUGUAACUCCUUCAGCACGGUCCCAACCCACAGUGCCCUCCUCACAAAGCCUUAGUCUCCUCUGGAAGUCACCGGCCUUUCAGCUUCCCACCAAUGAAGUCACUUGGCUUUCAAAUAAGUCUCCCUAUCCGUGCUGAUUUUUACACUCAUUGCUGUGGCAAAAUGGGGUGCUAAAGAGACUUCUUCAGCCUUGCCCAGCAAGCAACGCACCCUCAUUAGGUGGCUUUAAUUAGCUGGGGGCAUUACUGCUUCUGCCUGGUUUAGCAAUGCCUGUUAAAACCAAACACAGAAUGCUUUAUUGUGGACAGCCCUCAUCUGCAGCUCCAGCUCUGGGUGUUUGCAGCAGCAAUGCUGGAGUUCCCCCAUACACUUGAUAGUGAGAUGUCCAGUGGUCAGACUCAAAAGGAAAUGCUACAGUGCAUUACAGAAUGGGGCAAAAAUCAGUGUUCUACAGAUAGCUGCUCCUUGCCUGUAUGAAGGUAGCUUUAUUUUUUUCUUUUUUCUUCCUUUUUUUUUCCUCCUUCUCCACCCUGCUUGCUCUGAUUACAAAUUAAAGCCUGGCUCUGAGCUGCUGGAAGAUGAAGAGGUGAAUAGGAAGCUGGGAAAACAACUCCUAGGAAAGAAAGCUUAAUUGAAAUGGAAAGUGAUGCUCUGUCUUUGAAGUCUUUUUUUUUUUUUCUUCAUGAUUUUAGGUCAUCUCCAUUUUGGGGGAGGGUGCUGCACCAUUUCCCAACCCUCAUUAUCGUUUGCUGUGCUUUCUGUAGCACAAAAACAGGUUUUGUAUUACUCCAAUUUAAAAAAACAAAACAAAAAAAAACAAGGACAACAAAGAGGUAGAAUUUGAGGUAUAAAAGCCAAAGAUAACAGUCUCCUUGAAGUUUGAGAUGUUGGUCCCUAAUACCCUUCUCUCAUGACUGCCACACUCAGAACACAUGGGUGCCAACGGGAUUGAGGAAAUCCAGGUUAAAAACAAUCCUUGAAAAGGCAGAGCAGUUCCUUUAACCUGCACCUCCCCGCACAUCCCGUUUGCAGCACCAGCAGAGCAUGGCGACGGCCAGCUGUAGUGUGGGGCAUAAAUGUCUUCAGCUCCCCUUGUUUUCAAGAAAGGUAAGUAGAUGCAGCCUGACAGACUGCUCCAAACACACAAUCAGAAUGGGGCUCCGAGUCAUUACCAAAGGUGAGCAGCUGGCAGCUUGCGGCUUUCCUCCCUGGAAAAUCACCUCCACUGCUCGGAUGGAUCCAAAAACCCCAAAGCAGCAUCAAAUCCCUUGCUGAGGGAAUUUCCUUGGGAGCAUAGGUCCUACAUGGCCCACCCAGCACCGUUCCCCAGGUGUGACACCUCUGCACCCCGCAGUGCAGUCGCUUCUCAGAGACGUUGCAGAUGAGCUGUGUGUUUAAUGCCAACAAAUACUUCUGUCUGCUGCGAUGGCGUUAACUCCCCGUCUGUACUCAAGUAGGAGGAGUGGAUGAAGGAAUAAAACUCCUGGGUCCUUUCUUUCUUGGGGGAGCCACAAAUAAAACUUAAAGUAAACGCUA